AACACAGCCCGGUCUACUAACAUGCUUAAUCUUCUUUAGCCUCCCCUGUGAGGGCGGAACGUAUGUGUCAUGCGUUAUAUGCACUUGGUUCACUUUCGUUCGUAUACGUAAAUCCGUCUAAGUGAUGUUGGGAGGGGCUGUGCCUUGGCUCCGACUGUGCGAUGUCCAGGCGACGGGCUUGUGUAUAACAGCACUCGUCGAAACCGCUGGUCCAUAUGGACUGAACUAUAUAAGACGUUUUGUACCCAUUCUCAUGACCGAGACUCUCUCUCCUCAACCCCUUUGUUUAGCAGCUUCGUACCCAGACCGACCAAACCCAAACCGCACCUCCAGGCGGAGUGGUGCAAAAUAUGCCUUUCGAUCCCGAAGUAUACAAUCUGAAAUGCGCCGGAUUAUCCGACGACGCCCUCCUAUCCCGGUGGUCCUAUUAUGUCCGCCAGCUGGCAAGCAGCUCGACGGGCGCGGCACUCCACACCGCUGCCGGAGGCUUUACUUUGGGCCUGACCUGGCUCAUGAUCCCCUACGAUGCGGCGCGGAUCCGGAACGCCCGACGGAAACGGCGCAUCCUCGAGGAGCACGCAGUGGACCGCGGUCUCGCCGUUAGAACGAAGCGCGGCGACGUGCUACUUCCGAUGGUUGUCGGAUUAGCGCUAGGCGCCGUUGCGUUCGGUGGUGCUGCUUUGUCCGCGGACCUGCUCGUGGGAGGCAAUGGGUCGUCCAGGUUGACGGUCGUCAAGGGCGCGGCUCACUUGGGGUUGGAUGCCGCCAUCGCUGCGGCUGAGCGGUCGGUUGCCGACAAGGGGAAGACCAAGAUCGAAAAGAAGCCGAAGCGUGGUUCCGCAUGCACACCCGCAUUGCUGGGAGAAUUCAAGAAAUGAAAUAAACCCCUCGGCUUAUUGAAAGUGAUUCGCGUGAUUCUUUGUGGUAGUUGACGAGGAACCGCUUGGUGAGAAGUGAUCUCACUUUGCGCGUGGCUGGUGUCGUCUCAGAAUCUAGGCCAAGCGCAUAGAAAUAAUCCUGCUGAUUGGUUCAUGGGCCUGAUUUGUGUGGUUGGAGAGCCCGACAGUGACGUCGACUCCUGACUUUGAAACUCUUUUUUUUCCGCGGCACUUUUUUAUC